AAAAAGUUAAACAACUGCCAUUGCAGUCAAAACCCAAUAGACUUUGCAACACUAUGAUAACCAACGUAUUUAUUAUUUUUGCGGCUAUAACUUCAACGAUCGCGUUGGAGUGCAACCCGGAAAGUUGCGGGGGAAAAGAACAGACGUUAUGCAAAUAUCCAUCGCCAGACCCGGCGUCAAGUUGCGGGGAAGUUAAUUCAGCCACUUUAACCCAAGAAGAAAAAGACGAGAUUGUUAAAGCUCAUAAUGAUAGACGAGCAUUGGUAGCUAGUGGUGAAGAAAAGCGCGGGAAUCCCGGGCCACAGCCAGCCGGUCAAAUUCCGCCGCUAGAGUGGAGUGACGAAAUAGCAGAAGUUGCUCAAAGAUGGGCCAAUCAAUGUAACUUUGGUCAUGAUGAAUGCCGUAAUCUUGACCAAUCAAUUGGGCAGAAUGUUGGUUUAGUAUGGGACCCCUCAGGAUACAACUCAAAGUUGACUGAUUUGGUUGAAUCUUGGUACAAUGAAGUCCAAAACUUCGACGGUUCUAAAGUCGGUAAAUUUGAGUGGCAAGAAACACCAGCAAUUGGUCAUUACACUCAACUCGUUUGGGGUGCCACUACUCAAGUUGGUUGCGGUCUCACUAAAUAUUUAACUGACAACUCUUAUCAUACUUAUUUAGUUUGUGACUAUGGACCCACUGGAAACUUCAUUGGUCAACCUGUCUACCAAACUUCAUGAUUUCGUUUACUUGAGACAUAUUUAGUCUCUGUUUUUCUUCAUAACUUAAAUAUUGUUAUGAUCAUAAUAAAAUACUACUAUAAAAAUAUGUACUUUAUUUUUCCUGAUUGCACGGAAAAGUUCUAUACCACAGUAACUUAUCAUUCGACAGAAUGUUACUUUAAAAUUAUUAUCAGCUGCACUAUACAAUGUACUGCUAGUGUCUUUGACCUCGUUUACUUGCGUCUACAAAUUAAAAUAUUUAUUUCUCUAUUCUGACAUGUCUUAUCAAACAAUCAAAGGCUAAAUAAUCUAAGAUAUAUCAAAAUUUAUCAAUAUUCAAAUAUUUUCUUAUGAAUCACUGAUACCAAUA